AUGCUGGUAUUAAUAAUAAAAUUGAGUGCCCUAAGCUUAGGUCUAACCUAUGCGACGCCGGUGACACCAUGUCAGAAAUUGCAGCAAACACAGAUGAGUUCGCUUCAUGAAAGAAUGAACCAAAUGCUUGAAGCACUUUACUCAUCGUCAUUACUACCAAAACCGAAGUCAACAAGCGCAGAGAGUCAAAGCUCAGAAUCAACCAAUGGGAAUGAAUAUACAACAUCUUACGACUCACAAUAUUACUCACCAACAUACUUACCAGUUCUACCCCCAUCGCCACAAGUGAUAUACGUAUCCCCAACGCCACCAAUCGCUUACCCUCCACCAUUACCACCAUAUCCCGCACCAACAAUACCCCCUCCAUAUUACCCACCACAAGAAUCGCCACCUGAAUAUCCAGUCCCAGUACCCCAUUAUGGAUCACCUACCCAUGCGUAUAUACCCAUUCAGUAUCCACCUGCACCACGUGUACCAUAUCCACCCUAUCCUUAUCCAUCGCCUACAUACCCUGGGUAUCCCGAGCCUGUAACAUAUUCAUCCUGGCCUUAUAAGGCAUACCCUCAACCGCAUUUCGCAGCACCUGAAUAUCCUCAACCAGCAAUUCAGCCACCGCCUUACCAUUCACCACCACAACCACCAUUUGUAUAUCCCACGCCUCCGCCCCAAUAUCCCAGAUAUUCUGAAGUGAUUCCAAUAUCACCACAGUAUGUUUAA